UUAAGUUCCAAUUUUCCCAGCCCGAUCUUCCUCCUCAUUUCAGAAACCCAGAGAGAGAAAAUUGUAGAGAGAGAGGGGGAGAAAAAAAAAAUGUCAUCAGACUUGCAAUUGCCGGCUGGUUUCAGAUUCCAUCCAACGGACGAGGAGCUCGUGAUGCACUACCUGUGCCGUAAAUGUGCGUUACACCCGAUCGCAGUCCCCAUCAUUGCCGAGAUUGAUCUCUACAAGUACGACCCAUGGGAACUUCCCGGAUUGGCCUUGUAUGGAGAGAAAGAGUGGUAUUUUUUUUCACCUAGGGACCGGAAGUACCCGAACGGUUCGAGGCCGAACAGGUCAGCGGGCAGCGGGUACUGGAAGGCAACCGGAGCCGAUAAGCCGAUAGGGAAACCGAGGGCGGUCGGAAUUAAGAAGGCUCUGGUGUUUUACGCCGGAAAAGCUCCCAAGGGAGAGAAAACUAAUUGGAUCAUGCACGAGUAUAGGCUAGCCGAUGUGGACCGGUCUGCCCGCAAGAAAAAUAGCAGCCUCAGGUUGGACGAUUGGGUCUUGUGUCGCAUAUACAACAAGAAAGGCACCAUCGAGAAGCUAAACGUCGUCGUCGGCACGAAAACCAGGGAGUCUUUGGAAAAUUUUGAACAAAAACCAGAGAUUCUAACCCACAGCGUCAUGCGGUUGUCUCCUCCGACACCGUUUGGGUUGUUCAAUGAGUCAGUGUACCGCGACACAUCAGAUUCGAUCCCGAGGUUGCACACAUACUCGAGUUCCUCGGACCACGUGAUGUCACCUGACUUGGAGGUCCAGAGCGAGCCAACGAGGCUAACCGAUUGGGAAAAAAACACCCUCGAAUUCUCCUUUAAUUACUUGGAUGCCACCAUAGACAGUACAUUCGCUUCUCAAUUGGAGAAUAAUCAGAUGUCGCCGUUGCAGGAUAUGUUUAUGUACCUUCCGAAACCGUUUUGAUGCAGACCCACAUGAUUUAGGAUUUGAUUAAGAUUAAAGAAUUUUUGGAUCAUUACAUUCUCAAUCAGUGCAUCGCGUAGCACCAGAUGUUGACACGUGGUCCAAGAAGCUCAUGGCAUUUGGUUGGUUAGGACACAUGUGAAUGGUGGGUGCUCUGCUAAUGAAACCAAAAUUUCAUACCUACAAAGUAGGGGUGAAAAUUAAAAAUAAAAAAAUAAAAAUAAAAAUAAAAAUAAAAAAUUCCCCUUAUGAAUAGUUGGUGUGUAAAAAGCUUAGAGUUUAAAACGCAAUGCAAAAAUAAGUUAAACUUAGAAUAAAUAUGAUCCACGUAAAAUUUUUUAUACAUGUGAAAUUAAGUGGGUAUUUGGGUGUAUUAGAGAGCACCCAUGAAUGAUAGGGUUAAUAGCGGUGGCGAAAUAAAAAUAACAUAUAUAAUUCAAUGUGUACAAACAUGUAUAUAAAUAUUGUCCUCUAAUAUAUGUAUGCAUGAUGAUUUUGGAUUGACCA